GUGUGUUAAGCGGUGGGGUUUCAUUCAUAAAUACUUUUAGCCUUAAAGUCCACAUUAAAGUGAUCACGGAAGAGUUCCGCGUUAUUGACUUCGCCCCUCCACUCCCGCAUGGACCAGGAUAGUUGGGUAGCCAUGCAGCACUACCGUCCUGUUGCUCUGAGGCCAGUGGGUCGGCCCUGAGGGGGAACACCGCUGCUCAGGCUCAGUUGGCUGGGUGCGCUGAGGUGGCUGAGGAUGCAGCAAGGGAGCUGAGGAGGAGACUCCUGAGCUACAGCCCGGCACACACAUUCAGAGCUGCUACUGCUGCUGCUGCGUACUGCCCUCCACCAGGGGGGACUCUCUAGUUGGCCUGGACCAUGAGCAAUGAGUCUACCGUCUGGAACAGCCUACCAGAAAACUCCACAACUCAGGAGAUCCCACUCGAGGUUGAGGAGCAGCAGGAUGGUUAUGUGCUCCUCCUGGUGAUCCUCUCCAUCUUCUUGGUAGGAACACUGACAUUCAUCUCUGUCUUCCUCUUCGCUUGCCGCCGUGGAGGGAAAUGCUGUGCCAGGGCCAGCAAUGACCCUGAGAAAACCAACAACACCUACUUGGAGGAGUCUCAGCCCACCCAUGAAAUCACCAUCAGGGUGGAUGAGUCAGACUGCCUGUCCAUGGCCAGUUCUCAUGACCAAGAAACAGAGCGUUUCCUCUCCACAGGCCCCACAGGCCGUCGCGUCUCCUUCAAUGAGGCUGCGCUCUUCGACCACGGCAAGAAAACCCAGGAGAAAGGCCGCAGGUACACUCUGACGGAGGGUGACUUUCAUCAUCUGAAGAAUGCCCGGCUCACAAACCUCCACAUACCUCCUCCGGCCCUCAAGAUAGUCACCAUCCACGAGUGCGACUCUGCGGAGAACACCAUCACGAUGACAACGCGCCCUGUUGCUAAGUCAGCCCUUUCCAUCUUCCAGCCAAUGCUGUGUCCCUUGCCACAAACAGCGUUGACCAGCCUGAGUGUCAGUCCAAGCUGUGCCCUCCCUGGAGAUGCUCUCAACUCUGUGGUGGACAGCACCAAAGAGCCAAGCCACACUUCUAUUGAAAUGAUGGGAGUGGGGCCUCGGGGCAGAGGCAGCAGUGUCAGUGUGGGAGAAUCAGCAGUGCUGGGGAGCGGUGCCUCUCCUGCUGGUGGCGGUGCAGGCCAGAGGCCCGUGCUGCAGUUCCUUACUAAACUGCGGCGCCAUGCUAGUCUAGAGGGGGCCAGUCCCUACUUCAAGAUCAAGAAAUGGAAGCUGGACAGCAGCCAGAGAGCAUCGAGUCUGGACACCAGAGGCUCUCCAAAGAGGAGACAGUUCCAGCGCCAGCGGGCCGCCAGCGAGAGCAUGGACCAGGAUGACAACGAUGCACAUCAUAUAGACCUCAUCCAAUACAUUGCCCGCACCCAUGACGUCACCUAUCGCCCUAGCCAGCCCACCACAUGCCUCCUCUCGCCUCCUUCGACACCACCCCCCUCCCUCGGCAGGGUAGAGGUAGAGGUGAUGGUGGAGCCCAGCUGCAGCCGUGGAGGACCAGGGGUGAUUGGCCUGUCCCCUGAUCCCCAAGACGAAGCGCUGUCCUUGGCUAGAAGGGAAAGUGCAAACCAAUCCGACCCCAUUGAUCCCCAGGAUUCCCAGUCACUUUACAGAGACAUCUGGACAUUACGUGCAACUCUCGAACAGUACGCAGCCUCUGACCAGAGCAGCAACAAUGACAGGAACUCAGUCUGCAGUGAUGCUGACAGUGUGUGUUCACUUGGUGGACGAACAGACACAGAAAGAGGUCUCCCCAGCUACCCAUCCCAGGAUUUAGGGGAUGAGGGAGAGGGUGGGGAGGAUGACAAGGACUUCUUUGUCUGUAUGGAUGAGAAGAUGGAGGUGAAGGAGUCAAAAAAGAAGAAACAGAAAAGCACAGACUCAGAGCGAGGGAGCAAUGAUGGAGAAACGGGGACUCGUAAAUUACUGCAGAUGGACAGCGGCUACGCGUCGAUAGAGGCUCCGUCUCGAGGUCCGGAAGAUCUGCGACUGUUUGGGAGCAGCAGCAUCACCAGCAGCCCCAAAGACAGAACGGCCCACGAGAAAAGGCAUCAUUUCACCAAUGCAGGGCGAACUGGCACGAUAGGUGAGAGUUUUGAAUCUCAUCUCUUCGAGGAGGAGCCUGAAGAUGAGUUGUUGUUGGGCGCCAGUGGAGGAGUUUCCACCGAAACAGGUGCUGGUUCACUGAGGUGGUUUCCAUACGGUCAUGUGCUCUCUCCUCGAGAAGCUGCACAGCUUCCACCUCAGCAUUUAACCCUGCACCGCCGAGACUACAGCAUAGAUGAGAAGACGGAUGCGCUCUUCCACGAGUUUCUCCGCCACGACCCUCAGUUUGAUCAGCAGGAGUCCCCGCUGAGAAAGCACCGGUCCCGAAUCCACCUACGCAAGCAGUGGCAGCGCCACAAGCAGUGGAGCGAUCCUGGUGUCAGACACUUCCAGUCCUCCUUUGAGAGACAGCGGACGCCUCUAAGGAGGGGUGACAGUGUAAACUAUCCCCUGGACACGAGCUACCACAGUACGCUGCCCCGCAUCGUCAGUGCUCCUGACGAGGAGACGAGCGAUGGGACCAGCAGCACGCCUGACACUCCAAAGGUAGAGCUCACAACAUCUGAGGAUGGAGAAAAGGUGCAGGGCGCCCCCGUCAGAGACACUGAGGACCACACGACCUCUUCCCCUUCGCCUCUUCAUCCCUCCAUUUCAGAGAAAGAUGGAGGACUGACUGAGCUGCCUGACCCUCAGGAUGACAGCAGACAGUCUAGCCACCCCUCUGAACCCCCAGAUGAGCGUUCACGUCAGCUGCUCGACUCGUCGGGAUACGGCCCACAAACCAUCACAGCAGAGCUAACAGACAAACUGAGUGCUAACCUGGAUGAGAGGUUGUACACGGGCCUUCGCAGGACCAAGGACACGGCUACAGAGUGCGUGACCGUGACAGCCACACACGCUUCUCCGGACCACAGCCCAGUGUAGCAGGGCUCCAAUCGUCCUCCUCAUCAUCCUCCUCCUGUCUGCUAAUACACUCAUUUCUUUCUGUUGGGUUCGUCUUGCUUCAGUUUCAAUUAAACACCAAUUCCCAGAUAACCGUAGAUACAGCUGAUCCACCAGAAAUGUACCCACUCUCUCCCUGCAAGUGUCAGCAUUACAAAGCUGUUGAGUCUUCCCAUUUUACAGCUCACUAACAUCAACAUAUCAAAAAUCAUACAAUUUUAGAAAUAACUGCUUCCUCAUUAAGUGUUUCUUUGUGUGUGUGUAUUCUCUUUAUGCCUCUUUUGCUGUCUUUCUGUCUCUGCUCUCCAGUAAAAGCAACUCAAGCUGAGAGCUGCUAUGGCCUCUGUACUCCUUGAUCCACUGUGAAACCAGGUGCUAUUAGACAAGUAGAAGGCUAGUGAAGUGGACAAAACAGUUACCCACCAGUGCUGUGAGAGUAAAUACUGUAGUAAAAACAUAGUUGUGAAUUCAAAGAUUGCUUAGAACAUCAUAAUAAAACUAUAUGAAUCAUAAAUUAUCUUAAUGUGGCCUAUUGCAGGGCAACACAGACCCUUUAAAAAAGUUAAAUUAGUUUAGUAGGCUUAGUUGGCAGCACGGUGGCACGGUGGUUAGCACUGUUGCCGCAC